GGGGUACAAUAAGCGAACGUUAUGAGUUGAUAAUCAUAAACAGACAGAAAAUUUGUCCAAAAUGACGAGCUUUAUCAUUCGAUUUCACACUUUUACUGCCGAUACACGUUGGUGAUAUUGUACACGUAUGUUAUUGUAAAAAUUUUGUUAUUCGAUUGUAAUACCAGCAACUCACCAGAAAAAUGCCCGAUGACGAGAUGGCGAACAACUUGGAAGAAAGCAUUUUGGAAUUUUCCCUACUGGAUUUUCUAGUCCCUUUAGAUUCCACCGAUUCGAGGAACUACAGCGAAGAUUUCGACAAGAAAGAUUUCCCAAUUCUAAACGGAGACGACAAAUUCCUAGACAGCAUAAUCAAAGGAAUAUUCAACAACGACGAGCAAACCUUAGAAGAAAACCUAACGAACGACAACAUCCUCGAACUAGCCGACGACAUGUCUCUAUUCGACUCGAAUUUUUCCAACAGUAUUUCAGUCCUCGGAGUCAACUUGGAUUUUCGCUCGAACGAAAUAUCGAGCAAGCACCACACCACCGACAUCGACAUCUUCAACGAAUCCCUAGCCGACCUAGACAUGGACCUAUCGUACCGAUUCAACGACAUGCUAUCCACACCGUUCGACGCCGAUUCCUUAGAACAAGCCAUAGACAACUUGGACAUCAUAGAGAAAUUCCCGCACAUGAACGACGAGAAGAACAUCAGGCGGCGCCAGCUGCUCUACGAGACCUCCUACAAAGCGAACAACUCCCGCGAGCACAAGUGCAGGAGCUCCAACGCGCUCGUCAACCACGAUUACAGCCAGAAGAAGGAGGACGAGAAGUUCUUCGCGUGUCCCGUGCCGGAGUGCGGCAAAGUCUACGCGAAAUCCUCCCACCUGAAGGCCCACCUGCGGAGGCACUCCGGCGAGAAGCCGUUCGUUUGCAACUGGUCGAAUUGCACGUGGAAGUUCUCCAGAUCGGACGAGCUGGCCAGGCACAAGCGAUCCCAUUCGGGCGUCAAGCCGUACAAGUGCGAGCUGUGCGAGAAGGCCUUCGCCCGAUCGGAUCACCUCUCCAAGCACAAGAAGGUCCACAAGAAGAAAAUGUGCCAGUUCGGAACGUUCCACCUAAAGAAAGACUUUCGCAGGAAGUACUGAUUACAGCUUGUUUAUAGUGAUACAGAAAGCUGGCAACAAAUUCGUUGGAAUCCGUCAUGUUAUUCGUG